CAGCGAUGCGUCCGUUGUCCUCGUGUCCCUUGAAGUAUAAUCUCAGUAGGAGGUUGAAAAACACAUGUUGGGGCCACGUGUGGGGUGGAGGCGUAGCAGCGCUGCAUGGUCCCGGUGCAGCAAGACCAUCACCGACACCGUCACCGUCACCAUCGGCAACAACGGCUGGUGCCGUUUGGAAUCGCCCCACUUCCAUCUGCGUCCUGGUCCACCCCCGCCUUUCCUCGACCCCGGUGUACUUCUGCUCCUUCAUCGUCAGCUUGACGGGGCGAAAUUCCUUCAGAGUUAUAAAAGCAGAAGAAGAAGAAGAAGAAGAAGAAGAAUAUGCAAAUAAGAGCAUCGGGCUAGUGGCGUACAUUGCAAUCUGUACAAUCGGGUUGAACACGAAGUUAACCUGCUGUCGGUUGAAAGAUCGUCACCUCUGA